CCAAGUAGUUAUCUGCGGUUAGAACAGAGGAAAUCGCCACAGAACCGGCAACCCCGCCAUCAUCCCAUCUUCGAUCUGUUUACGUUCGAACAUCUCUCGAAUUCUCACUGUUUUUCAACAUCCAAUUAUUCCAAUCAUUUGAAAAAUGCCGAAAAGCGCCGAGAAAAGCAGACCCUGCCACAUCCCAGAUUCCCAAUUCGGCAUUUGCUAUGAUCCUGAACAGCUCCUGAGAAACAUCCAUCUUAACGAGCUCGAAAGUCCUACAGAGCUCAUAGAGCUUCCUCACGGUUACAUCAGGCCUUGGAAAGACCCAACCCAACAUGAUGCCGGCUCUACAGUUUUUAUGGACAAACACAAGUAUAAGGCCAUGCUGGAUGUUUUCCAGUUCAAGCCUGAAGAACUUAAGGUCACCAUCGAAGGAGUACAUAUGGUGGCCGUCGAGGGGAAUCAGGUGAAAAAGGAGGAGCAUGGUGGACUGGUAGAUCGCUAUUUCAAGAGGAAAUAUCUGGUACCACCAUUUUACGAUUGCCAGAAAGUGAAGUGCAAAAUGUCAGCUGAUAGGAUUAUCGUCAUCACCAUUCCAAGACUAGAUCCCAAACUAACAGAGGAAAAAAUCGAAGUUCCUCUCGUUCAAACUGAACAAAACAUUAGAGAUGAAGUUAAGGAGUUGCUGGAGAAAAUUAAGGAAGACAAUUAUUGAAGUCAUAGAAUUUAUUGAUGUCAUAGAAUGUUAAUUAACUUUGAAUGUUUAUUUCAUGUUGCUCUGUGAUGUGAAACUGUUUUGUUUGGUUGUUAGAGGUUUAUUUGGGACUGAAUUGAUAUAUUUAAGUGUUAAUUUCACUUCAAUUGUUCAAUUUGGAAGUAGUAUUAACGAAUGUUGUUCUUCGAAAUAAAUCGAGAUGAAAAAAUUAUAUAAACCUACCACAAACUGUAUUUUAUUGUGA